AUGUCUUCUCCCGCCCCCGAGUCCGCUCCCGCCGCUACCAGCCCCGCCCCCGAGGUUGAGCAGCCCGCCGCUGCCUCGUCUCCUGCCGCCGCUGCUACAUCCGACGCCGAGAACCAGCCGCCGAAGCGCUCUGCACGUGCCAAGAAGACCGCCGCUGUCCCCGCUGAGAAGAAGACUACUACUAAGCGCAAGGCUGCCGCUCCCAAGGAGAAGGCCGCACCCAAGGCCAAGGCUGCGCCCAAGGAGAAGAAGACCGUCGCCGCUAAGAAGACUGCUGCUCCCGCUGAGCACCCGCCCUUCAAGGACAUCAUCAAGGAGUGCAUUGUCGAGACCAAGGACCGCACUGGUGUGUCCCGCGACGCCAUCAAGAAGUACGCUGUCGACAAGUACAACAUCGACUUGACCGGCACCCGCGUUUCUCAGCUCAACCGCGCCAUCACCAAGGGCGCUGAGGAGGGCAUCUUCCACCUCCCCAAGGGUCCUUCGGGCAAGGUCAAGCUCCCUCCCAAGAACGCGCCCGCCGCUGACUCGAAAGAGAACGCUAAGCCUUCGAGCUCCAAGAAGACCACUGAGACCAAGAAGGCGCCGGCGAAGAAGACUACUGCCGCCGCCACCAAGAAGCCUGCCGCUAAGGCCACCACGGCGAAGAAGCCCGCUGCUGCCACCAAGACCGCCGCCGCCAAGAAGCCUGCUGCCAAGGCCCCUGCGAAGAAGGCCGCCGUCACCAAGAAGGCGACCCCGGCGAAGAAGGUCUCGAGCGCGAAGAACGACGCAAAGAAGGAGGCCGCAAAGAAGGCUGCAGCGAAGCCCAAGCCGCGCCAGACCAAGACGGCUGCUAAGGCUGCAGGUACCGCGGGCAAGCGCACAUCGGCACGGAAGGCAUGA